AUGCCCAUACCGCAAUCCAGCUCCUCCUCCCUCUCAACCAUCCCAACCGAACACCCCAGCUUCGAGCCCGUGCGCAGCACCACCACGAGCCUGCACCAAACCCAGAGCCACGUCGCCAUCUCGCGCAUCGAGUCGCUCCGGCUCACGCACUCGUCGACCGUCGGCUCGCGCGUGGGCAGCACCCGCACGCCGCGCGAGCAAUGGCUCCCCAUGGGCGGGGGGAAGGAGUUUCCGCCGCUGCUCCCGGACCCGGAGCAGUAUGUGGUUGAGUUCAUCGACGAGAAGGACCCGAUGCAUCCGCAUAACUGGAGUACGCGGACGAAGAUCAUCCUCUCCGUCAUCCUAGCCUACGUCACCUUCGUCUCCUCGUUUGCCUCUGCCAUCUUCUCGUCCACCGUCACCGCCAUCAGCGCCGAAUUCCACAUCAGCACCGAGGUCGCGACCCUCGGAGUGACCCUUUACGUGCUGGGUUUCGCCGCAGGCCCGACGCUCUGGGCACCACUGUCGGAGCUCUACGGCCGGCGCUGGCCCAUCACGGCGGGGAUCUUCGGGUACAGCGUGUUCACCAUCGGCACGGCGACCGCUAAAGACGUGCAGACGAUCAUGCUCACGCGAUUCUUCGCGGGGCUCUUCGCGGCCAGCCCGCUAGCCAUCGUGCCGGCCGCUUUCGCCGACAUCUACAACAACCGGAACCGCGGGGUGGCGGUCGCGAUGUUCGCGAUGGCGGUCUUCGUGGGGCCCUUCGCGUCGCCCUUCACGGGCGGCUUCAUCACGAUGAGCUACCUACACUGGCGGUGGACCAUGUACAUCGCCAGCAUCAUGGGGUUCCUGGGAUUCGCGCUCUUGCUCGUCUUCUACCGCGAGACGUACGCGCCGGCGCUCCUGAAACAGAAGGCGGCGAUCGUGCGGCGGCAGACGCGCAACUGGGGCAUCCAUGCCAAGCAGGACGAGGUGGAGAUCGAUCUGCGCGAGCUGAUCACCGUGAACUUUAGCCGGCCGUUUCGGAUGCUCUUUACCGAGCCGAUCGUGUUCCUGGUCACCCUGUAUAUGUCGUUUAUUUAUGGGUUGAUGUAUGCGCUGCUGGGGGCGUAUCCGGUCGUUUUCCAGGGGAUUCACGGCAUGAACUUGGGCGUGGGCAGUUUGCCGUUCAUCGGGCUGAUCAUCGGCGAGUUUGCCGGGGGCGCGUACGUGCUCAUGAGUCAGGGCACGUACACCAAGAAGUUGAUUGCUAAUGGAGACGUGCCGGUGCCGGAGUGGAGGCUACCUCCUGCGAUUGUGGGUGGCGCGGCCUUUACGAUUGGGCUGUUUUGGUACGGCUGGACGGGCUGGACGCGUUCGAUCCACUGGAUGGCUCCCACCGCGUCGGGCGUGUUCACCGGCUUCGGAAUCUACUGCAUCUUCUUGCAGUGCUUCAACUAUCUUAUCGACUCUUAUCUGCAAUUUGCCGCCUCGGUUUUCGCUGCUAACACUAUCCUGCGCUCCGCCGUGGGCGCAUGCUUCCCCUUGUUCGCGAAACAGAUGUUCGUCAAUCUCGGGGUGCAAUGGGCUGGGACAUUGCUGGGCUGUCUGGCCGCGAUCAUGAUCCCCAUCCCGUUGGGCUUCAUCCUCUAUGGGCCCACCUUGCGACGGAAGAGUAAAUUCGCGCCGUCGCCGGCGGUGUUCCAGGAGAAAACUUGUUGA